CGCCCCUCCAUCUGGCUGUGAUCCGCAAUGAUCCCCAUAUGAUCAAUUGCCUCGUACAUCGAGGGGCAUCUCUCGAGGCGAGAAACGAGGACGGAUGGACGCCAUUGUUUCUUGCGGUUAUAUACAGCAGGGAGCGUGCUGUGGCGAUGCUGCUGACUACGGGAGCCGACCCAAAGACACGCGCAAAUGAUGGGGUGACACUGUUGGGUGCGGUUGGCAGAAGUCUCUCCGAGAGACUGAAACGAGGAAGGGAGAUCGCGGGGGAGGUUGAAAGGGACAGUCGCAUUCGGAUCUCGCUUGUACGAGCAGGCUCGACAGAGGGAACUGGAAGAAAUCCGUCGGGCGAUGCAUGGCUUUCGCGUUCCCUACCGAAUGCACUAUGCCCAGGCUUCUGAUAAUUUGGUAGAGUCAACAUAUGGUCCGCGUGAGAAGCCUGUCACUCGCCUUGUUUACAGCCAGUUCGCC